AUUAAGAACAAACAGAGGACACCAAACAAACGAUAAUCACAAAGAAACCAACGAUUUUGCCUGAGAAAUGGCGUUGCAGUGGAUGAUACUCACCUAUGUGGUGGCUAUUGAAGCUGCUGUAGCAAUUCUUCUAACUCUUCCAUUACCAAAGCUCAUAAGGAACCGUUUGACUUCUCUUAUUUCACUCAUUCUUCAACCUGCGCUUUUCAUUGUUCCCUUUGCUGGGUUUCAGCUCGUUGAUAUAUACUGGAAGGCUGAGCAUAGGUUGAUGUGUACCUCUGAUGUUUGUACUGCUGCUGAGAGAGAUCGAUAUGAGAAAACUGUAAGUAAUUUUACUGAUGUCAAAAUAGCUUAUUUGAAGAAUUCAUAGUUUGUAUUGUAAAUUGAUUGAUGUCACUG